AAAAAGCGAAGACCUUCUCCCUCGGCUCCCAGCCCCGGCCGUCACCUCUGCUGUCUCCUACUUGGCAGGAAGAUGAAGCGGCGGUACGUGCUCUCCGCAACCGUCCUUGUCCUCCUGGCCGCCUGCACCGUCACGGCAAAAACCAUCGCCCGGAACAACCGGCACUGGACGGCGUCGGCGGCCGCCGGUUCGUGCGACGUGUUCACAGGCAGUUGGGUGCUGGACGAGUCGUACCCGUUGUACGACUCGGCGCGCUGCUCAUUUGUCCGCAAGGAGUUCGACUGCCGCCGGCUCGGCCGCCCCGACACACUGUACCUCAAGUACCGGUGGCGGCCGAACCCGCCAUGCUCCCUGCCCAGGUUCGACGGGCUCGAGCUGUUGAAGAUGUGGCGCGGGAAGAAGGUCGUGUUCGUGGGCGACUCGCUGGUGGCGAACCAGUACGAGUCGCUGCUCUGCAUGAUCCAUGCUGCCGUGCCCGGCGCCCGGACCACCGCGUCGUGGGCGUCCGGCGGGGAGAGCCCCUCGAUGACGGUCCGUUUCGAGGUACGUUCAUGCCGCGGUUCUUUCUCGCCCUGUGUUGUUCGUGAUCGCUUGACAGUGCGUACAAGCUUAGUUAUCAGAUUGUCCGGUAAAGUGUCGGCAGUUGGUCGGGCCUAG